AUUUACAAUGAACUAGAACUAGCAGGCGGUUAAUCAUAUAACGUCGUUAUAUCUAUCAAAAGGAGGCGGAGGCCGGUAGAAACUACACACAUUUAACGUUUGCUAUAGCGCUCUAUUCGUAGCAUUGACUUCCUGUUACGACAAAAUGUUAAGACUCAACACACUAUUUUUAACAUUUCUUAUACACUAUAUUGAGACAGCCGAUAUUUUGUAUGUAACACCAUUUACUUCGACGUCUCAUAAUAUGCUACUUGCACCGAUCGGUUUGGAGUUGGCUCGAAGAGGACACAAUGUCACGGUUAUAACAUCUCAUAGAGAAAAGGAACCGCCUCCAAAUUACAAUCAAGUGAUGGUCGACGAUAUAAAAAUUUGGGAAGUAAUGAGUGGUGGAAGGCCAAACGUUUUUACUAUGACUGAUAUAUCAGCAGAGGAAUUUCACCACAUAGUUUUUUGGGAAGCAGGCUUAGCUUUUACAGAAGUAGUCUUAAAUUCUACGGAAGUCAAAAAGUUUUUGGACAAAGAAAACCAUUUUGAUUUAGUAAUUAGCGAACAAUUCUUCCAAGAAGCUCUGUAUGUGUUGGCCUACAAGUAUAAUACACCUUUGGCAUUGGUUACGACUUUUGGAAAUUGUAUGCGGCACAAUAUAGCUGUAGGAAAUCCUUUACAACUCGCUACCGUUAUACCUGAGUUUCUAGAUCUGGAAGAUCCUAGUAGCUUUUGGGGAAGAUUGAGAAACUUAUAUUUCACGAUAUAUGAAUACAUUAAUUGGAGGUUUGUAUAUCUUAGAAAACAGGAGCAGCUGGUGCAAACAUAUUUGCCUGACUUGCCAAAGAACAGGCCAAGUUUAUAUGAGCUACAGCAGAAUUGUUCUUUGAUGCUGAUAAACAGUCACUUCAGUUUUGAUGUUCCCGCUGCUUACUUACCAAACAUUGUGGAGAUUGGAGGGGUCCAUCUUUCGCGUAUAAAUUCAAGUCUACCAAAGAACUUACAGAAAAUUAUGGAUGAUUCAGUUGACGGAGUUGUGUAUAUGAACUUUGGCUCCAAUGUCAGAAGCUCAGAACUGCCGGCGGAAAAGAAGAAAGCAUUUCUAAAUGUGUUUAGGAAAAUAAAACAGACAGUAAUAUGGAAAUGGGAAGAAGACAUACUAGAAGACAAACCUAAGAAUUUAGUAACACAAAAGUGGUUACCACAGAAAGAGAUUCUUGCUCAUCCUAACGUCAAAGUAUUUAUAUCACAUGGAGGUCUAAUUGGAACACAAGAAGCAAUAUUUAACGGAGUACCGCUUAUCGGUGUACCAAUAUAUGCAGAUCAGUAUAAUAAUUUGCUACUAGCCCAACAAGCAGGCUUUGGGCGUGUACUGAAAUAUCAUGACAUCAAUGAAGAAACUUUCGAAAACGUUCUUACUGAUGUUAUUAACAAUAAAAAAUACAUAGAAGCGGCGAAAGAAGUUUCGCGGAGAUUCAAAGACAGACCUAUGACAGCUUUGGACACCGCCAUGUUUUGGUUGGAGUACGUCAUAAGAAACAAAGGAGCUGAGUAUAUGAAGAAUCCAGCAAUUAACAUGAGUUGGGUAGCAUAUACAAUGUUGGAUGUAUAUGCUUUCAUAAUAAUAUUAUUAGUAUCAGCGUUACUUAUCACUCUAAAAGUAUUUAGUAUUUUGCAAAACAUUUUUGCAGUGUAUAACACUCAUGAUAUAAAAGUAAAAAAAAAGUCUUAAAUGAAUUUUAAAAUUUAAUUUUAAAUAUUAUUUUUCAUCCAUGUUAUAUAAAUUCAAUGUCAAUGUUAUAUAUAGCUUAUUGAGUGAUAAUUAUAUCAAUAAAUAUCAAGAAAAUAAUUUAUUGAUAUAAUUAUUAUCAGUUACAUAAAGAAUGACCUACGGAUAGAUAAUAUAAAAAUUGUAUUUUUUUUAUUUUUGUCUCCUCAGCAUUUCAUC